UAAAACAAAAGUGGUAAAAGGGGAAACGGGAGUGACCGAAAGAAGAAGAAGAAGCAACAGCAGCGGUGACGGGAAGGACACUACGGAGAAGGGACAGUUGCAGCUGGCUGCCCAACGCGUGGCGCAAGAUUACAUAAGGAGGUGACACCUAGGGGCACACCAACCCGCGACAUCGCAGACUACAUAGCGGAGAAACAUCACUGGUGAAGUGCAAGUAGUUUAAACAAUACAUCACUGCAACUGUAAGUAGUACAAAUCAAGUUUAUUAAAAAUGUCCCAGAAAAGGCUGAGAAGCAGAACUGUCGAAGCAAUGUCUGAGGAAAUGGAUUUAGGCUCCCGGGAAAAAUCCCCAGAUUUAGAAGAGUGGGAAGCAGAAAGGGGGGAAAUAGAGUUAGUGGAGGAAGAAAGAGAGAUACGGUUUAGUCCGAAUGUCCUAGCAAUGGAAAACCCUGAUCCACCUGCAAACAGUCCGGAGAAAGAGGGCACUAGCGAUAGUGACGACCAAAAUUCCCAAAUGAAAAGCAUGAUGGCCAUGAUACAGCAGCUAAUAUCAAAAUCAGAUCAGGCUCAGGAAACACAAAAACGGGCUCAAGAAAAUACAAAUCAACUAGUUCAACGGCAAUUCGCAGAAAUAAAAUUGGGACAGGCAAAUCUGGCUGAGGAAUUGAAGGAGGGUCAGAGACUGUUAAAGAACGAAUUACAGAAGGGCAUAGAUCAGGCCAUAUUAAAGUGCAGUCAGGCCAACGAGGCCUUAAGACAAGAAAUAUCGGGGAAAUUGGAGAAGGAGGUCGAAAAGGUCAGAAAGGAAAUUGGUAGAGUCGGAAAGGAAGUUAAGCAGUGUGAAAAUACUUUAGAAAGAGAAUUAGUAGGAGUGAAACAGGAAUUCGGAAAAGAAAGAGAGGACCGGAAUUCCAAAAUCCAACAACUGGCUGAUUAUCAGGAAUCAGAAAUGUCAAAGGUAAAACAGAAAGUUAGAGAGAUCCGAGAAAGAGUAGAUAUCGGUAAUGCUGAAAUAAAUAAUACCAUCAUUGUGAUAGAAGAAAAUGUGGGCACACUUCAAGAAAGGGUGAACAAGGUUGAAGAAAUAAAUCAUGAGUUGUUAAAAUCCAAUACAGGUGUCCAACAAAAAUUUGAUGAAAGCGCCGAUGCUUUUUCGAGGCGACUAGGGGAGGAGCGUAAGCAAAUUGAGCAAAGGGUAGAAAGUGACCAAUUGAAGGUACAACAUGAAUUGAAACAAUUGGAAAAAGAAAUAGUAAAUUUAAAACAAAAGGUGGAACAACAGUCCAAGGCCACGUCCCCAAGGGUAGAACACUCUGUAAGUAAGGGUGUAGAAAUUCCAGGUACUUCACGACAAGAAGGAAGCAACAGUCCAGGACUAGAAAUUCAGCCCGGAAGUUUGGCCGCUUCUGCAUUCUCCGGCAAGCUAGGCAGCACCGAGUACGCCCUACCAACCUUCGACGAAAGCAAAGGUAUGAACCCCCAGUUACAUAUUGGGCAGCUUGAAGAGUUUUUGCAAUUUCGAGGAAUCCCGCCGCAACAUUGGUUGAUAGUAGCAAAGAGAUCCAUAACAGGUUCAGUGUCUAAGCAAUGGUUAGAAGCCACUAGUUCCAAAUUAGCCAGUUAUGAGCAAUUUAAAUCAGAAUUUUUGGGCACUUGGUGGUCCCCAGCUCAACAAGGGCUCGUUAAGUGCAAGUUGUAUCAGAGUAGAUAUGAAAAGGGAGGAGGACUGACCCUGUCAGCACAUUUACUUAAAUUUGCUACCAUGGCCUCGUACCUAGAGCCUAGACUCACGGACCAAGAAAUUAUAGAAGCUAUUCACAGUCACUACCCGUUGAAAAAAAAGGAGCUGCUGCUUAGUACUAAAUUAAAUACAGUCGCCGAGUUUUUGGAAGUGCUAAAGCGACUAGAACUAAUGGAAGAAAGAGAAGACGUUUCGGACGUCCCUCCAAGGUCAGGUCAAUACCAACCCCCCUUCCAAGCCAACAGAGGUAGAAAUUAUAGGCAAGAAGGCCCAGGACCAGUCAGACAAGUGAGACAAAAUGACCAAAGUUACCAAGGAGGAUGGCGAAAUUCUAGUGGUAGGGGCAACUGUAGGAGAAAUGAAUACCCCAGGGACCACAGAAAUUUCGAAAAUCGCGAGAGAAACCCAGGAAAUGAGAGGGAGGAUGACGCACGGGGAAAGCCCCCCCAUAACGCUGAGGAAAACUAA